GACGGACGGCAGUAGCGAGCGCACAGCGGCAGAAUCAAGCCGCGCUUCGCGAAUUCGGUGGGACUGCGUCUUUCUGCAUCCAGUGCCUUUCUGUUCAGUGCUCGCGUGUGCGCAGACAUGGGCAUCGUCUACUCGGCGCUCGCCCCCACGGCAGUCAGGAUCGCCUACAUCUGCCAGAAGCUCUUCGAUCCCAAGUAUAGUCGCAUCGAGGACGUGCCCACGUCGAGCGGCGCCUCGGCGGAGCUGUUGCCGGCGGCCGAGUCGGCUGCGGCGCAGCAGCAGCAGCAGCUGCAGUCGACGCUCGCCACCAAACUGGAGCUGUCCGCGCAGGAGCCGUCGCUGACGCCCGGCACCGUCGAGUGCCGGAUCCUCGCUGUCAAGUCCAACUCGCUGCCGCGGUACAGCGCCAGGUCGUCGGAGUGCAGCAUCCACUCGCUCCACCAGCAGAACCGCAGCCGGCGGGCGCGCCAGAUCCGCUUCAAGACGAGGCCGUCGAGCUUCGACGGGGCACUCGUCAUUCGCACCAAAACGAAGAACGCCGUGAUCGUCACCUCCACCCCCAGCCCCCUCGCCGCGCACUGGCACGGCACCUCGUCGUCCGGCUGCUCCUCCGACUCCAACUCCGACUCCGAGUCGGACUCGGAGACGGAGCUGCGGGUGAGUGCCACCGCCAGCAACGAGGAGAUCGGCAGACAGCCGUCCAAGCUGGCGAUGACCGCCGAGCAGGAGCAGGACUUCCGGCUGACUCUCGGCCGUGGACACUUCACGCGUUCGAAGAAGGAUCGCUUCCUCAACAAUCUCAGGCUGCAGAAGCAAUCGAUACACCACCACACGGCCCCCACGCCUUGGUGAUACCUGGCCUGCGACCUAUCCAGCUUUCCACUGUCGCUCUCUCUUUCUCUCUCGCUCUCUCUCUCUCCCUCCCACUUUAGUACUUAACUGAUGCAAAGUUCGAUCGAGGAGCGAUCCUUGUGCAAAGACUGAAUUGACUUUAUAUUCGUUUCUCCGCCUCUUUCCCUCGCCGAGCUGACAAGGCGACGCCUCGAAAAAAAGAAAGGAUAGACCAUGUAAAUACUUUUUAUAGCGAUUGUUCGCCGUUUCAAUGCUAGUCCAGAGAGUCGACUUUGAAAUUUCGAACUUGGCCGAUCGACGACGAAGAUUUAGAUUGAACAAGGCGAGGGGAAAGGGACACGAGUGCCGAAUAGCUUUCGCGGCGACGCGACGACGGUAGACUCGGCUCGGCGCUGACCGGCCGACAGCCGGAACCGCGAGGCGUCGGACCGGCUUUGUUCGAUGCAGGCGCUCCGUCGCGCAUACCACGGCGCUCGGCUGGAUAGCGCGGGCGUGCGCGACCGGCGACGCGAGCGUAACACGCGCAAAUUGUCCCGUGCCCAUUGUCAUUGUCAAGAGCGCGCUUCCGAGCGAAAGACGACGCGACGGAGCGCAGUCCCGCGUCGCGUCGCGUCCGGCAAUCGAGCGCCGAACGCGCGCGCGACAUUGUUGAUCGUUUCUCCGCGGGCUAAUCUUCCGCGCAGUACAAUUGUGUCUUAGUGGGGCGGGGAGGGGGGGAGCGAACAACGCGGACGAGGCGGACAGAUCCCACGCUUCGUUCGCGUGUCGUGUAGUUUCUAGGUAAAUCGCGGAAACACGCUCCGUCCAACUAUCGACUCUGCGUCUCGCUCUCUGUUUCUACGAGAGGACAGACAAC